UGAGCCGCCUGGUGGAAGGGACCGAGAUGUCCUUCAUAUAAACCGGUGACAAAGUGUCGAGCUGCAGCUACAAGAGAUCACAGCGCUGCACGCAGAGAGAGAGAGAGAGAGAGAGAGAGAGAGAGAGAGAGAGAGAGAGAGAGAGAGAGAGAGAGAGAGAGAGAGAGAGAGAGGGGAGGACACCGGAGUACCCAGAACAGCCAGCUGGAUUUACAACACAACACACCGGAGAGACAGAGGGAACUAAUCCACAUCCCGGAGCAUCUUAAACCCACCAACAGACUUGUUUUUUGCCGCUGUAGAGAUGGCCGUCACCUCUCACCUUCUGCUGUUGAUCUGUACAUAUUUGGCCGCUGAGCUGAUGGGCGGAGCCCGCUCAGAGGGGGUGUGUCUUCAGGAUGGAAAGCACAAGGCCACACCCGGCCCGGAGCCCCACCUGAGGGAGUGUGGGCUGUAUGCUGACAAUAGCUGCUGCACGGAUGAAAACAUCCAGGAUAUCUCUCAUGUUCCCGCCGAUACCAACAAGAAUGAACCCUGGGACAAGUGUGGAUCCCUGAGCUCUCAGUGUGAAGGCUUCCUGAAGCGUGUGGCCUGCUUUUACCGCUGCUCCCCCGACGCCGCACGCUGGCCCCACCCCCACCGCCGCUCCUACAUCCAGGCCGUGCCGCUCUGCCACAGCUUCUGCCGUGACUGGUUUGACGCCUGCAGGGUGGACAUGACGUGUGCUCGUAACUGGGCCAGAGACCCCAGAGGACAGAACUGCACCGGAAACUGUGUCCAGUACCAGCAGGUAGGCCUGAACCCAAACCAUCUAUGAUUGGCCGCUUACAUG